ACGCUGUUCUUAUCUUUUUAAUUUUUUUUUUCUCUCAAUUUUCUUCUUCUUCUUCUUCUUCUUCUUCUAAUCUUCGCUGUCGUUUUCUACUCUUGUCGCCGGCCGCCGACGUUUCAGAUUCCGGUUAUUCUCCCGUCUUUUCGCCGGAAAAUCUGCCAGAUCUCCUCGACAUUCGUUGCCAAUCUCUCCCGCUCUAUUUCUGAGACAGCACAACAUUUCGGUUGGGGUUUCGCUUCCCUGAUCGCUGACCGAUGGAAGCUUUCUGAUGAAUCUGUUGCAAUGCUUGAAUAAAGUUAGCGCCUUCACUCCACGUCUGGGAAGAAUAUUCGUUUUCUGGUGUUUUUCUUCGAGUUCUGUCAACACGUUUGAAGAGAGGAGAAGGAUUCUUUAUUUCUUUUCAGGAUUCGUUUUGGUCAGAUUUAAAAUUUUCGAAUCUGAACGAAAUUUCGUAUAAUAAGCUGGGAGUAGAAAUUAAUUUUUUUGCAGUUAAUUUUUGAAUCAAUUUUGGAAAUUCUUGGAUCCCACAUUAUUCUUCUAGAACACGCAGUUUCGUUGUGCGUUUGAGGUGAGAUUUUGAGGAAUAAAAUAUAGGAAACUAAAGUGAGGAGAGGAGGUUGAAUGUAUGGGGGGAUAUGUGCAGAGGAGAGGGAGAGGAGAGUGAAGUAGGGAAGCAGCGAGAGAGGAGGAAGUGGGUGAUAGGGGCAAUGGGGAUGAAGACGGCGAGCAAGUUCGGGGAUAGUCGGGUGGAGAAGCUAAAGAGUUCGGUGAUUUCGCGGUCGAGAAUGAAGCUGUGGAUGAUAAGGGCGACCACGUCCGUGCUAUUGUGGACUUGCUUGGUUCAGUUGACGACAUUGGGGGAGACUUGGGGGCCAAGGGUUUUGAAGGGCUGGCCUUCCUGUUUCUCUCAGGACUCCGCUUCGGCAAUGCAUCUCAGUGCGCUUCGAGAUGUCCCUGCUAGAGUUCUUCCGCCCAAGAGGCUUUAUAAGAACAAUGGCUACCUGAUGGUUUCUUGUAAUGGAGGCCUCAAUCAAAUGAGGGCAGCGAUAUGUGAUAUGGUUGCUAUUGCAAGAUAUUUGAAUGUUACUCUCAUAGUUCCCGAGCUUGAUAAGACCUCUUUCUGGGCUGAUCCAAGUGAGUUUCAAGACAUAUUUGAUGUUGAUCAUUUCAUCACAUCCUUGAGAGAUGAGGUCCGGAUAUUGAAAGAGCUACCUCCAAGGCUCAAGAGGAGAGUGGAGCUAGGAAUAAUCUAUACCAUGCCACCUAUUAGCUGGUCUGAUAUUUCUUAUUAUCAAAAUCAGAUUCUUCCUUUGGUACGGAAAUACAAAGUGGUCCACUUGAAUAGAACUGAUUCUCGUCUUGCAAAUAACGGUCAGCCCAUGGAAAUCCAGAAGCUGCGUUGCCGAGUAAAUUUUAGUGCCCUGAAAUUCACACCUCAGAUUGAGGAGUUGGGCAGGAAGGUUAUCAGUCUUCUAAGGAAUAAGGGUCCUUUCAUCGUACUCCAUCUCAGAUAUGAAAUGGACAUGUUGGCUUUCUCUGGUUGCACACAGGGAUGCAACAAGGAGGAGGCUGAAGAGUUGACAAGAAUGAGGUAUGCUUAUCCAUGGUGGAAGGAGAAAAUCAUCAAUUCAGAUUUGAAAAGGAAAGAUGGUUUAUGCCCUUUGACUCCUGAGGAAACUGCUCUUGCUUUAAGGGCAUUAGACAUUGAUUCUAAUUUCCAGGUCUACAUUGCUGCUGGAGAAAUAUAUGGUGGAGAAAGAAGAAUGGCUAGUCUCAUUGGAUCUUAUCCAAAUGUGGUUAGAAAGGAGACACUGUUGGAGCCUUCUGAUCUUAGAUUCUUUCAAAAUCACUCAUCCCAGAUGGCAGCACUGGAUUAUCUUGUUUCAUUGGAGAGUGAUAUUUUUAUUCCUACAUAUGACGGAAACAUGGCUAAAGUUGUUGAAGGACACCGCAGACAUCUUGGAUACAGGAAGACAAUCCUUCUGGACAGAAAGGUUCUGGUUGAGUUGAUAGACCGGUACGAUGCAGGGUCAUUUACAUGGCAUGAGUUCUCUAAUGCUGUAAAGGAAGCUCACGCUGAUCGCAUGGGAAACCCGACCCAGAGGUUGGUUAUCCCAGACAGACCGAAAGAAGAGGACUAUUUCUACGCCAACCCAUGGGAGUGUUUGGAGGCAUCAUCGAACGAGGAUGUACCAGCAAGAACUAGUAUUUAAGUCCGAUAGCGCUUGGUGGGUUGCGCAAUGUAUACACACACUACCUACCACUCACUGCUGUUGUGCAACGGGUUUAGACACACGAUUAGGUCUCUGGGAAAGCAGGACGAGGAGGCCACCACGGUUGUAGUCCAGUCCGGUGUGGGAGAGACGACGCACUUCAAUUGUCCUGAAGCGACCUCCCUGGCGGCCGGCAGGCGGAGUAUAUUUUAUUUUAAUAAAUCCAAAAAAAAUUCAAUGUAUAGAAGCCGCCCUGCCAUUGCAGGGGGGGCUAUAUCGACUGAACUCAACGGCUGUGUACACAGAGGGAUGAAAAAUAUAGAUUUGUUUCAUUGGAACUACGCACAUCCCCACCCACUUAAAAUUCUGCGUUUUUCGAUUUCAAAUCCUCCCAUACAAAUCUAUGUAUAUAUUCCAUAGAAUUCCGUGUUUGUUGGUUUGCUGUUGCUCCUUUUAACUAAAGAUGAAAUUUCACUUUUAGUAA